AUGUACACCUCUCCAGCCUUUGUCUUUGGUGCCAUCAUGGCAUUUGCUAGUUUUGCGACAGCAACUCCCCCAGCCUGCUUGCUUGGCGCCCUCCAGGUCCAAACCAAUCCAUCCGAUAUCAAGUCUCUUUGCGGAACUCUCGCCGAGUCGAUGAAAGGGAACAUAACCGAGAAAUGUAGCAGAGAUGCUGCGGCAGAGGCUAAGAAGGCAUACGCUGACACUUGUCUCUCGUCCGCCUCUGUGACCAUAACGUUCUCUUCGUCCUCAAGUUCCAGCUCCGGCUCUGCAACUAAAAGCUCUUCCUCUACUGCUACUGGUUCUGAUAGUGCCUCUGCAACUACUACCGGAUCAUCCACCCGAACCGGCUCUUCGACUGGAUCUGCCACAGUAACCCCCAAUGCUGCUGCUACUACUACCGGAUCCAGCCCUUCCAGUAGCACGACUUCGAAUGCCGCUUCUGGUCUCACAACCCCGGAUAUUGUCAAAGCGAUUGCGCCAAUUGUAGCUGCUAUUGCCAUCAGGACAGUUACACUACGCAAGUAG